AACGCAGUCUUGGCCAAACUAUUUCCUUAACAAAAAUUAUAUUUUUGUUCUUCUCCUCUCCCUCUAAAACAAGCCUCUGCUAUAAUAACAUUGUUCAUCAAAAAUAUUUCAUCUCUGUACCAUUGAUACAAUAAUCUAAAGCACAAAUUUCCAACAUUUUUGGACUAUGCAUUGAACUGGGUUUGCUUCAUUAUCUCCAGAUUUGUCUCUCACAGAUCCAUAUGAUUGAGGAAUAAUUUCUGUUCAUUCAUGUGCUAUUGUUUAUGCUCCUGAAGGAUGGUAGAUUUGAGAUUAGGCCAAUGGUUGAAAAAUCUAGCCUGUGUGUUGUUAUUGCUGCCAACUACGGAAGGACUUUAUGCGGGAAUUACUUAUGUUAGGAAUGCAGUUGCGAAAGGAGCUGUUUGUUUGGAUGGAAGCCCUCCUGCCUACCAUUUAGAUAAGGGGUUUGGUACAGGCAUUAAUAGUUGGUUGGUUCAUUUUGAGGGAGGAGGAUGGUGCAACAAUGUUACAACAUGUCUUUCCCGUAAGCAUACUCAUUUAGGCUCUUCUAAGCAAAUGGGACCAGAUAUUGCUUUCUCGGGGAUUAUGAACAACCGGCAACGAUAUAAUCCGGAUUUCUACAACUGGAAUAGAGUGAAGAUCAGAUACUGUGAUGGGUCAUCGUUUACUGGUGAUGUGCAAGCAGUUAAUCCUGCUACUAAUCUUCACUUCAGAGGAGCAAGGAUCUGGCUUGCUGUCAUUGAGGAAUUAAUAGCUAAAGGAAUGAAAAAUGCUGAAAAUGCUCUUCUCUCUGGCUGUUCAGCUGGUGGAUUGGCUUCCAUUUUUCAUUGUGAUGGCUUUCGAGCGCUCCUACCUAUGGGUACUAAUGUAAAAUGCCUUUCAGAUGCUGGUUAUUUUAUCAAUGUGAGGGAUGUUUCUGGAGCGCCACACAUACAAACCUACUUUAGCGAAAUCGUUUCAUUGCAUGGAUCGGCAAAAAAUUUGCCCCUGUCCUGUACUUCGAAAAUGAAACCUGCAUUGUGUUUCUUCCCCCAGUAUCUGGUGCAGCAAAUACGAACUCCUCUUUUUAUUCUGAAUGCUGCAUAUGAUUCAUGGCAGAUAAAGAACAUAUUGGCUCCGGGUGUUGCUGAUCCUCUAGGCGCGUGGAACGCUUGCAAGUUCGAUAUAAGUAACUGUUCCUCUAUUCAAUUGAAAACUAUGCAAGAUUUUAGAAUGCGGUUCUUGAGUGCAUUGUAUAGAACAGCCAACUCUUCUUCUAAAGGAUUGUAUGUAGAUUCUUGCUAUGCCCACUGCCAAACAGAAACACAAGAGACAUGGUUCAUGCCCAACUCUCCACUUCUCAGUAAAACUAAAAUUGCAAAGGCAAUCGGAGAUUGGUUUUACGACAGAAUUCCGUUCCAAAAGAUAGACUGUCCUUACCCGUGCAAUCCAACCUGCCCCAACCAUGGUUUAAAUCCUCAACAUCACCUAGAAAGUGGGAGUGCAGCAGUAGAAGAAACGAUUUUGAUGAGGUGGUUUCUCUACUGGUUAGUUGUAAUACACAUUGUAUUAUUUUUAAGAGAAUGACUUUAAACAUAGCACAUGAAUAUACUAUACUAUACUAUACUAUACGUAUACAUAUACUAUACUAUACUAUACAGUUACAUAACAUUACUCACAUGAAUUCAGCUGCUGUCACAGAAUAUAGAUGAAUGUAUUGAAUAUGAAACCAAAUGUUAAAAUUUAUUUUGAUUU